AUGGUGCUUGUAUUUCAUGUUUAGAUUAAUUGGGGAAAUCUUAAGAAAGUUGUAAAUAUUAAGAUUGUAAAGAUUAAAUAUGCACUUAUGGAGAAGAAGGUGAUGAUGAAAAUGAUGUAAAUAGAGAUGGUUGUUCUAAUUGUAAGAUUGAUCUUUAACGACACUUGUUCUAAUGAAAUACUAAAGUAAUCAAUUUUUUUUAAUGUUCAAUUAAUUGGAUAUAAUGCUAAUUGA